AUGCCGACAAGCGUCACCAGCACGAGCAUCGAUGCUAUCGGUUCGUCUGGCAACAUCACGAAGCGCAAGCCGAUCGUUCUCGACCGGCGCCCGAGCAGCUCCAACGCGGAUCAAACGCCACAGUCCAGUUCGCCAUCGCCGCCUUCUUCCUCCCCGGUGGAAAAGGAGCAAGAACAGCCAAAAUUCAAUCAUAUAUACCCGAUACACAGUGCUAGCAAAGGCAGUAUACUCUCGAGGGAGUCUACUACCCCGGCUCCUAGUUUUGUUGGACUCAAGAAUCUUGCGAUGAUCGUCCUUGUCGUCAGUAAUUUACGGCUUAUGAUCGAAAACUACGCAAAGUACGGAGUACUGCUAUCAUAUCUUCACCUAGGCGUCUCAAAAUCUGAUCUGAUAUGGACUCUCCGCUUAACAGCCUUGAUUCCGCUGCAUUUAUUCGUGGCCUUGGUAAUAGAGCGACUGGUAGCCAUACCGACCAUGAAAUACGUUGCCUACUUCAACGCCAAGCAGAAAGAAGUGUCCGACAAGGGUUCCUCGAUAUCGCUAUCUUCGCGUGCGAACAUCGCAAACAGUCUUGCGCUCUUGCGGCCAAAGCCAAAACACCUUUGGCGUCUGAUUGUUUUCUUACACUCGGUAAAUGUCUUGGGGUGUCUUUGGUUUACGACUGUGAUGGUGUAUACCAAGAUCGACAAUCCAAUGAUGGGCACAGCAUGUGAGACUCAUGCUAUUAUCGUAUGCCUGAAGGUAGCAUCAUUUUCAUUGACAAAUCGUGAUCUUCGAGAAUCGCUGCUUCUGGCCUCCCCCGCUGUUCCGGAGCUUUACAGUUCGAAGCAGUAUCCCAAAAACCUCAGCGUAGGAAACCUGUCAUAUUUCUGGUGGGCCCCUACGCUUGUUUAUCAACCAGUGUACCCCCGGUCACCAUCAUUCAGACCGCUGUUUUUCAUCAAACGCAUAAUCGAAGUUAUCUCAUGCACGCUCUUGAUUCUUUUUCUGUCGGCACAGUACGCGGUUCCGACGCUCGAGAAUAGUCUCCAACACAUUCACAAUCUCGAGCUAUUCGGCAUCUUGGAGCGUCUUUUCAAGCUUGCAUCGAUCAGUAUGGCGAUCUGGCUCAUUGGAUUCUUUUGUGUUUUCCAGUCAGGACUCAACGCUCUGGCUGAAGUCAUGCGUUUCGGCGACCGAGAGUUUUAUGAUGACUGGUGGAACUCGAGAUCGGUUGGCGAAUACUGGAGACUGUGGAAUAAGCCGGUCACAAACUACUUUAGACGACAUAUCUACGUGCCGUUGGUGCGAAGGGGGUGGAAGCCGACGACUGCUAGUGUCAUGGUUUUCUUCGUCAGCGCAGUACUCCAUGAAAUCCUCGUCGGUGUUCCGACCCACAAUAUUAUCGGAGUUGCUUUCGUCCUUAUGCUGCUCCAGAUUCCUCUCGUUAUGUUCACAGUCCCGCUGGAGAAAAUCAACAGACCAUGGGCGGGAACUCUGGGAAACUGCGUAUUCUGGCUCAGCUUUUUUAUCGGUCAGCCGUCUGCUGUAUUGAUUUAUUAUUUCAGCUGGAGCGUCGACCAUGGACGGACUGUUGGGGACGAAAAGUUCGCGCUUGAUUGA